AUGGCAAAUCCCUGUGAAUCUGUCGGUGUCAACAAAUUCCCCGGCAGGGUUGCCCAGGACAAAUCCGGCAGCAGGCCCGCUCUGUUGACUGACACCCCCGUCCCUGAACUAUUUGUGCAUACCUAUUACCCUACCUUUGUCGAGCCGGGUCGUCAUCAAAGCCACAUCAUGCUGUAUGCAAAGAACCGUACAGAAGACGCAUGUCCAGUAACCGCGCCGGGUCUGUCACAAAGCAUGGGCAUGGGCAGGCCAAGAAAGAAAUCACAUGCCAGCAGAAACGAGCCAUCGAUGGAAUGGGCUGAGCUAGCCCAGAACUCAGAGGAAAAGACUUUCAAGAUCCUGCCUAAAGGCUUCAGGCCGAUGCAGGCUGGAAGGAAGCUCGGUAUACGUGAGUUGAGGGUUGUUUGCAGCCAGGCAAUAGAAGAGGCCAAGUGUUUCGAAGUCCUUCGACCGAGAGAUGUGGAAGACCUAUCAAAGGCAUGA